CACCCAGGAUGUCCGAUAACGCAGAACCCUUGCUAGACGGCAAGCACUAUGCCCUUGACGGCGAGGAGCUCGCGUUCUUCAAGUCACAGACUGGCAUCAACGAUGAACAUGCACUCAAAGCGCACAUCAUGAAAGUACAGGCGGAGGCAUACAAGGUUCAUCGAUAUAGUUGUAUAUUUCGCUUCAACUUCACCAAACUCAAGAUAUCGCGCUUGCCUGCCUAUGCCCAACUUCUUAAGUUGGGCCAGGAGCGCGACGGUGCCAUAUUCAUGGAUGUUGGCUGCUGUUUUAGGAAUGACGUACGCAAGGCCGUUGCGGAUGGCUUCGCCGUCCAAAACGCCAUAGCGUCAGACCUUCACCCAGAAUUCUGGGACCUCGGCCACAAGCUGUUCAACACCACGCCCGCCACCUUCCCCGUGCCGUUCGUCGCGGGUGACGCGCUCUCCGCCACCUUCCUCCCGCCGACGCCGCCUCUCAUGGCGUUGCCCACGAGUCCCGCACCUGCGCUCGCCAGCGUCACCACGCUUGGGCAGCUUCUCGGGCACGUCUCAGCCGUGCACGCCUCGUCAUUCUUCCAUCUCUUCGACGAAGCGCACCAGGCGCAGCUCGCGCGGGCCCUCGCGGGGCUGCUGUCCCCCGCCCCAGGCUCGCUCAUCUUUGGCGCUCAUGGAGGACGUUCCAGCAAAGGGCUCCGGCGCGUGCGCGAGCGGGUGGGUGAGAAGGGCUGGCGCACAGAGCCUAUGUUCUGCCACUCACCGGAAAGCUGGCGUGCGCUGUGGGACGGAGAGGUGUUCCCGCCGGGCACGGUGCGCGUAGAGGCGAGCUUGCAGCAGCGGAGGGACGGGGCGUCCGCAGAGGUAGACGAGGAGGGCGCUUGGGCGGGUAUCUUGGUAUGGUCUGUUACAAGGGUGUGAACCAAAGUGUACGACAUCAAGACUUGAUUUUGCACUGGGUGGCGUGUUCACCCAAUC